AUGGCGGCAUCUUCAGCCCUGCGGCCGACGAUGCUGGCGCUUGGUCUAACGCUUGGCGUUCCAGCCAUGUUGUAUUUCAGUAUUUUGGGAGCGUUGGUUGUUGCGCCCUCACUACAAGCUCACGCAAUUUACCUACACAAAGUUACGUUGACGUGGUUCAAGGAUCUAAACACACCGGAGCAAUUUGGAUUCGCUCAUCAUCAAGUCACACCCUUCUACAUCUCAACACCGGAUGGAGUCAAGCUGCACACAUGGCAUGUGCUCCCUUUAACGACAUAUGAGUCGCACCAGGAAGAAUUGUUGGCCCAAGGGCCAGACGGUGGAUUGGUAGACAGGUUUGAAGAUGCUUUGAACUUCCGUCUACUGAAAGAGAACCCAAAUGCUCGCCUGGUCAUUUACUUCCAUGGCACCAGUGGAACUAUGGCCAGUGGUUGGCGCCCUGAUAGCUACCGCUCUCUCUACUCGGCUGAUUCCGUCAACACCCACGUUCUGACGUUCGACUAUCGCGGGUAUGGAGAGUCAACCGGCUCGCCAAGCGAAGAUGGUAUUAUCAUAGAUGCGGUAACUGUUGCCAACUGGGCCAUGCAUACCGCAGGUAUCCCCCCCGAGCGCAUUGUUAUCUUCGGCCAAAGCCUGGGCUCAGCAGUAGCCAUUGCUCUUGUCAACGAGCUAGCUCACAGGCAACCUCCCGUUCACUUUGCUGGAUUGUGGUUACAGCCACCUUUGCCGACAUCCCCCAAUUGA